AUGUUUGAAAAACCUCUUGUGCUUGUAACAGGUGGGACAGGUUUUCUGGCAACAUGUGUGAUUGCUUUUCUCUUCUGGCGGGGAUAUCGCGUACGUACUACUGUGCGUUCGCUCCAACACGGCGAAGAGAUCAAGAAACGCCUGCACGAAGCAGAAAUUAGCAAGGAGCAGAUAUCUUCGCUAGAAGUAGUUGAGGCAAAUCUUCUGAGCGACGACGGCUGGAUUGAUGCCAUGAAAGAUGUGCAAUACGUCCAACAUGUCGCAUCACCUUUUCCAGGUGGUCUUCCGAAGCACGAGGAUGAAUUGAUUAGACCUGUUCGUGAAGGUACAUUUCGAGUCCUUCGUCAUGCUGAUGAUGCAGGAUCAGUCAUUCGUGUUGUAUUAACAAGUAGUGCCGCAGCAAAUGGGCUCAGCCGGUACGAGUUUACGAGCUGUGGAGAGUUGUUAGACGGCAAUAUCUUGGGCCUCCCUCGUAUUGGUUUCAGUGUUGUCGCCCGAAGUCGCGUCUCAAUGCUAGAUAUCGCCAAAAUAUUGAAGAAGAACCUAGGAUCCGAGGCCUACAAAGUCCCAACACUUGCGUUACCAAACGUCCUUAUUCGAAUUGGUGUAAUUUUCCUUCCGAUUUCUCAUCUUAUUGUCCCGAAUUAG